CAUCUGCUUUCUGUUUAAGGAUAACUAUUUCAGGCUUCAAAUCUCGCACCCAAAGCAACACGUAAAUUGGAAAUACUAGGAAGACAGAUCCUGUUUGUUUGCACAUCUAAAAGACAGGUUUUAUUAGGUUUGUGAUCAUUGGAAGAACACUUUAAGUUGUAAGCCAGGAAAAAGAAAAGUAAAUGAAGAUGUGGCCCUCUGCUGUGGCUGUGCUGCUGGUGGUCCUUAGGAGCUUUGAUGUGGGUCUGGCAACAAUUCGUAAAGCUGUGGAGAGUCCAGGCAAGAAGCAGUAUCAGGUGCAGCACGGGGCUUGCAGCUACACCUUUCUGCUGCCAGAGGUGGACAGCUGCCGCUCUGCUCCUGCCAGCCCUUAUGUGUCUAACUCCGUGCAGAGGGAUGCCCCAUUAGACUAUGAUGAUUCUGUGCAAAGGCUGCAGCUGCUGGAGAACAUCAUGGAGAAUAACACACAGUGGCUGCUAAAGCUUGAGAAUUACAUUCAAGAUAACAUGAAAAAAGAGAUGGUGGAGAUGCAAAAGCACGCAGUACAGAACCAUACUGCUAUAAUGCUGGAGAUUGGGACCAAUUUACUAAACCAAACAGCUGAACAGACAAGGAAGCUAACGGAUGUUGAAGCCCAGGUAUUUAAUCAAACAAGUCGCCUGGAGCUUCAGCUUUUGGAAAACUCAUUUUCAACAAACAAACUGGAAAAACAAAUAACAGAUCAAACAAGUGAGAUAACCAAGCUGCAAGACAAGAACAGCUAUUUGGAGAAGAAGGUCCUGGGUAUGGAAGAUAAGCAUACCCAGCAACUACAGUCAAUAAAGGAAGAAAAAGACAAACUACAAGUCUUGGUACUCAGACAAAACUCUAUCAUUGAAGAGCUAGAAAAACAGCUGGUUACAGCAUCUACAAAUAACUCCCUUCUACAAAAACAGCAGCAUGAUUUAAUGGAGACUGUGCACAAUUUAUUAACUAGGAUGGAACCUCAAAUAGCACCAAUAACGUCAUUUGUUGCCAAAGAAGAACAAAUAACUUUUAAAGACUGUGCAGAAGCAUAUAAAUCAGGAUUGACUUCAAAUGGUAUCUACACAUUGACUGCAGCAAAUGCAACAGAGACAGUUAAGGCAUACUGUGACAUGAAAACUGGGGGCGGUGGCUGGACUGUUAUUCAGAAACGCUUUGAUGGCAGUGUCGACUUCCAUAAAACAUGGAAAGAGUAUAAAAAGGGAUUUGGUGAUGCUUCUGGAGAAUACUGGCUGGGGAAUGAGCUGGUCUCCCAACUUACAAAUCUACAACGUUAUGUUCUCAAGAUCCAACUAAAAGACUGGGAAGGGAAUGAGGCUUAUUCGUUAUAUGAACAGUUUUAUUUAGGAACGGAGGCACAGAAAUACAGGAUUCACCUCAAAGGAUACACUGGGACAGCAGGAAAAAUAAACAGCAUAAGUCAACCAGGAAAUGACUUUAGCACAAAGGAUGCAGACAAUGACAAAUGUCUUUGCAAAUGCUCACAAAUGGCUACAGGAGGUUGGUGGUUUGAUGCCUGCGGUCCUUCCAACCUAAAUGGGAUGUAUUACUCAUUAGGACAAAACACAAAUAAAUUUAAUGGAAUCAAAUGGUACUACUGGAAAGGAUCGGGGUAUUCUCUGAAAGCAACAACAAUGAUGAUUCGACCUGUUGACUUUUAAACAUUAUACAUUGCUUAUUAAAUAAUAAUGACAAUUGCCAGAAUUUUGGAUAAACUUCAUAACUACCACCAUGUUGAUUGGAAGGAACAGCACUAUGGACAGUGGUUGAUCUAACUAAAGAGAAAAGACUUUAAACAACUUACAACAUGAAAACAUAAGUACAGUACAUGGUAUUUCAAGGUAGUUUUUCACACUUCAUCUGAGAUGUCAGUGUUGCUAUGCCGGCAUUUAAUUGGAUGUAAAUAACUGGAACUGUGAAAUUUACAGUACACAUAUGUUGUGCCGUUCUGCAAAACUAUGCCUGCAGUCUUUGCGGCAGCCUACCUGCAAACCACUUUGUAUUAUUUUCUGUAUUAUGCGGUGUACAUAUUAUUGUAAAUUAACUGUAUACAGUCUUUGAUAAUGUGUUACACAUAUAAAGCUAAGUUCGAUUACAUAAAUGUGACCUGUUUACAUAUUUUCUGGGUAAUUAUAAAUCAACCCUAUCACUAAGAGCAGCAUAUUAAAACUGUGCAACUUCCGCAUGUUAAUUGAGGUACUAUUCAAAUCUCAAAUGAAUCUGGAGUCCUCACCAAGUAUUAUUGUAGUUUGCGUUUCAAUGACUUGAUAUUACAGCAGAAGACACACUCACAGAACUUGAAGAUCCAUCACUGAUUUAUUGUAGUAUAUAACCUUACCUAAUUUCAUUUUUUUUGUUCAAUAUUGAAUGUGGACCCAGGCAUCUGUAAAUUACUGCGCUAAUUGAUAUAUCGGAUUUGCUAAAAUGUUAACUAUGCCUGUCCAGCAUCCUGUCUGUUCUAACCACUAAAUGAAACAGGGUGCCCACUCCUGCAUAUGAUAGGUUUCUUAAUAUCGUAGAUAAUUUAAAUUUCUUUGUACUGUAUAUACUGCAUAUUGGUAGAUUGGAGCACACCAGUUAUGCCACAGCAGGAAUAACCUAUAUAUUUUGCUUGGUCACCUGAACCUCUUGCUAUGUGUCAGCAAUAGAUGCUUUUAUGGAAAGGGAUGCAAGAAAUUUUUUUUUUU